AUGGAUUCUGUAGAAGAGAAUGAAAUGAUCAAAACCUUAUUUCACUGUCAGCACGGAGUUUUGAUUUCAAAGAUUAUGUUUACUGCCUGUGAGUUGGGAGUAUUUGAUUUGCUUUUUGAGUCAAAAGAGCUCCUGAGUUCAGCAGUUAUCGCUGAACGGUUGGGUACCAGCCACAUAGGAAUGCAAAUGCUGCUGGAGGCCUGUGUGGGAUUAAAAUUGCUAAAAAUGGAGAGGAAGGACAAUGAAGGUUAUUAUAGAAACACACACCUUGCCAACCUCUGCCUUGCGAAAUCAAGCCCAAAGUCCCAGUACCGAUACUUGAAGUUACACAUGGAGCUUGGUUUUUUAAAUUGGCAAUCCUUAACAAAGGCUGUAAGGGAAGGAAAACAUCAGGUUCAGUUUAUUUAUGGCACUUCAGAAAAAGAUUCUUAUAAGAACUUCUACAGGUCAGAGGAAGAGUUGCAAAAAUUCUCCGCUGCCAUGGGUGAUGCCUGGAGUCUGUAUGGUGACGAAGUGAUGACGGCAUUUGAUCUUUCUUGUUUCCAUGUUGUUUGUGAUUUGGGAGGAGGUAGUGGCUACUUUUCCAAAAAAUAUGUUUCAUUGUACCCAAAUUCUACUGUGACCAUUUUUGACCUGCCUGAAGUGGUAGAAAGAGGAAGGAAGGAUUUUGUGUCAUCAGAGGAACACCAGAUUACUUUCCAGAGUGGUGAUUUUUUUAAUGAUCCAGUCCCUGAAGCUGAUCUAUAUAUAUUGGCUAGAAUCCUCCAUUGCUGGGAUGAUGAGAAAUGUGUGGCUCUGCUAAGUAAAUUAUACAAGGCUUGUAAACCAGGUGGUGGUGUUUUAAUAGUGGCGGCCGUUCUCAAUGAAGACAGAAGCGGGCCUUUACCAGCUCAUAUCUACUCCUUAGUGAUGUUUCUUAGUUAUGAAGGAAAGGAACGGACCCUGUCUGAGUAUAAGGCACUCCUAGGUGCAGCUGGCUUCAAGGAUAUUCAGUUCAAGAAAAGAAGUAUCUAUGAUGUUGUUUAUGGAAGUAAAUAA